ACGAAGCGAAACGUGUUUUCGUUUGUUCGAAUUAUUUGUUUUUUGCUGGAAACCACGUGUGGAAUCUAUCAGAAAAAUAUUCUAAAUUAGAGCUUCUAGGUUUUAUAACAUUCCUAUUGUAGAAUAAAGUGACGAUUUUGUGUGAAACCUCGUGAAAAUGGUGGUAGUAUCGUCAAAUUUUGUGGCGCCGGUUGAGGGCGUCCUUUUCGAGGCUCCAUCAACCAAACUCCUUGUGAAUGACCAGGAACUGGGCACCGGAACCAUGUAUAUAACAGAAAACAACGUGUUGUGGGGCGGCGGCGUAACAGCAGCCGGAACACCAACCUCCACCAUCUCCCUGCUGUACCCGACUAUCUCUAUGCAUGCCAUACAGCGGGAACCAGCUGCAGCAUUGUUUAUGCUGCUUAACUACGAGCUCAGGAUACCAGAGCUGGCGCAGCAGGCGGGCGCCGGAGACGCUGGGGAGGAUGAUGAUGAUGACGACGAGUUCGACCCGGAGAACCAGCCCCUCUCGCAGCUCAGAUUUAUCCCCCAGAACGAGUCAGACCUGCAGGCUAUGUACUCGGCCAUGAGCCAGGGGCAGGCGCUGCACCCCGACCCCGCCGACGAGGUCGACGACGACCCAUACAUGGACGGGGAGGAGUUCGAUGAUGGUGAGGAUGAGUUUGAAGACGCAGAGGAAAUCAACCUCGCCGGCGAGGACGCGUCAUCGCGCUUGCGCCAGCUGCGGCUUGACAACAACGCUGCCAAUGGAACACAGGAUUACGAAGACAGUGAAGACAUCAGUGAGGAUUGAAUUUUCCUCAUCUUCACCACAACUGUACAUAUUCCCGUCAAUCGUACGUUGUAAAAGUUAUACAGGGUGUUAGUGACAUCGUAACGAAUACUCAGGGGGAUGAUUUAGCCCAUGAUUCUGAGUUAAUGUCAAGUGGAAUUUUGAGAAUUUUCCGUCGCAAAAUUAAUGUAUUUUUUGUUAAAUUAUUUUCAAUUCUAUACUUUUCGAAUGGAAAAUUCCACUUGAUAUUCUCUCUCAGGAUAAUGAGCUGAAUCAUCCCCCUCAGUGUUUGUUACGAUGUCACUUACACCAUGUAAAAGUACGUACAAGCAUCCAUACAAGUAGAUAGGGUGUUAGUGACAUCGUAACAAAUACUUAAGGGGAUGAUUCAGAUCGUUAUUCUGAGUUGAUAUCAAGUGGAUUUGCCUCUCGGAAAAUUAAUUUUCCGUUCCAUACUUUUGCGACGGAAAAAUCCACUUGAUACCAACUCUGAAUCAUACCGUAAAGUUUUCGAUACGAUGUCAUUAACAUCCUGUAUUAUCUUGUCUACUGGAUAUUUAAUGUGUUAACCUAUUUUGUAUUUUAUCUCACUUUAUUUUAUCAUCCUGUCUUUAUCUCGUUUAUCGGGUGUUGCUGUUUAUAUCCUGUAAAACGUAACACAAUGGGAUCGACAUUAUGUUGCGUCUCUAUCUCACUAAUCUAGUGUACCGUUAGUGCGAGAGAGACGGAAAAUAUUUCGGUCUAGGUGGUGCACUUAAGGAUGUUAGUGACAUUAAUGAAUACUGUGGGAGUGAUUGCUGAAUCAUUCUGAGUUAAUAUCAAGUGGAAUUUACGUCGCAAAAGUCCAUACUUUUACUCACCCUCCCCCGCCUCCCGCGACCCGCCGCGCGGGAGGAGGCAGCGUUCACCGUAAAGUUUUAAGUUCCAUAACUUAACCCUUUCACGUGCAGAGACCAUGGGUCAUUGAUGGUUCCUAACAGAUAGUAUGACACCUUGGAAUCGGACCGUCAUUAGACGUUUUGUCCUUGAAAGUGUUAAAGUGUGUUUUCGUCAGUUUUGCGACGGAAAAUUCCACUUGAUAUUGACGGUUGUCACUGGUGUAAAUUCGGGCGACCACCGUCUAAUUUCUUAACUUAAUUUGACAGUGGUGCUAAUUCCUGUAAAUACCAUCUAAUUUUAUUUUAGGUUAUAUCUGUCAUUUUCUUAUCCGCCGAAAAGGAAAGGGAUGGGUAAUCGACAAGCAUAAAAUUUAUGGAACACACGUCAAUUUUAAGCACAAAUCUAAAACAACCGUCUAAAAAUUCGCCCGGGUUAUUCAUUUAUUUACUCAUUCUUCCUAAAAUUAAGAGCUGUCAAUCAUCCGUCCCUUUCCUUUUCGGCGGAUAAGAAAAUGACAGGUAUAACUUAAAGUAAAAUUAAGAGAUGUCUGCAGGAAUCGGGGCCAGUAUAACUAGCUACAUCUUUCUUGCACGUAUUGUGAGUGAAGGACACUAGUUUGGUAACUAUCAAACUAAAAUCAGUUUGAAGUUUGUAUCCACCCGCAUUGGCAGCGUCUCCAUUUGCUCCGCGCUAGAACGCAAAUAAUAUAACUCUCGCCCAUCAUCAUCUCAGGCCUUUACAUCUUCAUCAGAUGAUUCAAACAGCGUUUAGAAAGAAAGAAGAAGAAAGAAACGUUUAUUAUAAAGGGACACCACAGUUUCUGUGGCAGCUUUUAAAAUGGCUGUAAAGUCCGAUGCGAGAGCGACGGGCAAAUCGAAUUUCGUUCGACAGUACAAUCUAAACACAUACAUACAUACAUAAACUCACGCCCGUAAUCCCUAAUGGGGUGGGCAGAACCACAAGUAAUAAUAAUAAUAAUAAUAAUAAUUGAUUCCCAAGCACCUACACCACAGUCUGAAAAUGCUAGGCCACCCUACCAACACGUAUGUCAUCAUGCAGAAAGCAGCCAUACUUAACACCUGUCGGAUAGUACGCAAAUUCCUAUCCUCCGACAUUGACAUCAUGACUGAACGCACAGAUACAUAAUUACCCUCCUUCCAGUGGCACUUGGUCUGUGACCCGUGUCUCUGGUAAAUACCCUCCGAAAGAGGAGAUAAACUAUAGUUUAAAAGGAAAUAAUAAUAUCUAUCAAAGACAACUUGCAGCCACUGUUGAUACGAUGUCGUAAGCUGGAUAUGAUGAACUUUAUGGUGAUAAGGGAUCAGCCUAUCGCCCAUAACAUUAGUCCAUCAUGUUAGAGGACACAAUCCCUCUGUCGGUACAAUCUACAAUGCACUUUAUAAUAUAAAGAUACAGUUUUGAAAAACAUGCAUUUAGUUUUUUUUUUAAUUCUUGUAAAUAUCUAAUAAAAUAGUUGUUUCCACAAUUGAUAAUUUUCACUAAGACUUAUAUAUAUUAUAUAAUUCAUUAUAUUCACGUCAUAUCGUCGAUGCCAAUUUAAAAGCUCUUAUAUCGCCCUCACCAAAUUUCUUUUUUGUCAUGGUCGAAUAGUAUUUUGGUCCUCUUCUUCUUAUCGUGUGGGUUAUGAGGUGGCCUCAUCAACCCUGGUAUCAGGGUUAUGAUUGAGCCGCCAAAGGCCCCUGACAUGGCUCAUGUAACGAUUACUCACAUCAGUAAGUAGUAACCGGCUUAACGUGCCUUCCGAAGCACGGAUCAUCUCACUGUCGGACAAUCAGGUGAUCAGCCUGUAAUGUCCUAACCAAACUAGUGAUCACAAAGUGAUUUUUGUGAUAUGUCCCCACCGGGAUUCGAACCCGGGGCCUCCGGAUCGUGAGUCCAACGCUCAACCACUGAACCACAAAGGCCGUCAUUCCUGGUGGUCCUAAAACAUUCAGUACAAACACUUAUGUACGUAAAUAUCAAUUAUCUUUUAAUAUUUUUAUUAACACAGUCAUACAAGAAAUUUUCAGGCGGAAGUUUAUUUUUUAAUUUCUGUAAAAUUGACCCGAUUGCACACAGAUUUUAAAUUGGCAACGACGAUAUACGCUUUACGGGGUGAGUAGACACGUUAAGCAUUCAAACACAUCACAUUCCAAGCAACGCUUUUAUCAAAUAGCAUUUUUUUCGGUACAAUAUCCGUACGCUUUUUUUUCGACUGCCCCGUAAAGGAUAUAGCGUGAAUUUAAUAUAAAUGGUUCUUAGUUUAUAGCCGGAGGGUAAGGGUGUUUUCUAUUUAUAUUAACGACAGCAGAAUUGAAAGAAAAUAUACGGGGUUUUAGUGACAUCGUAACAAAUACUGAGGGGGAUGAUUCCGAGUUGAUAUCAAGUGGAGUUUUCCGUCGCAAAAUUCAUUUUGUAUUUUAGUUUUUUUAAAUUAUUUUCGAUUCUAUACUUUUGCGUUGGAAAAUUCCACUUGAUAUCAACUCAGAAGCAUGGUCUGAACCAUCCCUCAAAGUUUUCGUUACGAUGUUUUGGCGGCAAGGGUGUGCUGCCAAAGGAUGUUUUCGGGGUACCGAACUGAGCAUAGUACCCCGCUAGCCACAAGUUGGUAGUGUGACUAGGGAUCGACGAUCCAACGGUGUUAUGUUGGAAGUUGUAUAUAUGCGUCUUGCUGUGUAAACUUCGAUAUCGCGUUUUACGACUGCUUGAAGACUGCAUUAUUGAAUGUGGCGCCAUCUGUUGCAUGUGGUCGGAACUAGCUGGCCAACUAGUUGGGUCCGCCACAAUGUCACUAACACCCUGUAUAGGGUUGAUAUAAGUACAACCCGGACACUCCAUUGUUAUAGUGUGUCGCGUUAUCACGUAAGUGCGAGAGAGACAGAAAGUCUGCGCGCGCACCCUUACUUAACGGCUUAAAUAGACUAAAGUUGGGGUGAAGUAAAUGUAGCUCGGUACCCAUACAAAUUGCUGCGGCACGGAGAGUGUCCGUUCUAUACGUAGUAUUACUUAUUCUAUGACAUAACCUAACAAAAUGUCACAUUUUCUUUCUAUUCUAUUAGCGUUAUUUUUUAAAACCCUUUUAUGGCAAUUACACGGACUUUUUAAUAAUAAUUGUACAAACCCUUCGACUAAAUUAAUACGAAAAUGUCUUACAUCUGUCUUAACCUCGUAAGGCCGAGGAAAAAUAGGGCAGUGGAUUCCCUCUUGCCUUCCGCCCAAUUUAAUUUGCCUUGUCCAUUUUAAUUCGGUCGAUUUCAACAGUUUUGAGCUCAAUGUUUUUGUCAUCUAUGGAGUAGUGGGGUUACAAGGAGGUAUUUUACAAUGAGGAACUUUCCAGAUGAAGUUCUUUGAAAAUCACACAGAUGGCGUUGUUGAGUUUAGAAUGCUGAAAGUAUAGCUAGCGGGCCGAAUAAAAAAAAAAACUUCUCUUAGGCCAUAAAGUAUUUGUUUUUAUGGACUUUAAAGUUUUGAACUCUCUUUACCGCUAUAAAUAAAGGCUGCUAGAAACUCGUUAUUUUUUUACUAUGAUUCAUUUUUAGGCAAUGGUUUACUGGCUGUAUGGGCUAUGUUCCCUUUGCCCACAAAAACAAAACUUCCUAAACUGAACAACGCCAUGUGAUUUUUAAAUAACGUAAGCUGAAAACUCGCUCAUUGACACUUUAGUUUCAACGAGUAUGUCAUAGAUUAAAUACUUAAAAUUUUUUUUCUACUCCUCUACUUUAAUCUGGCAUUUAAAUAACCAAAAAGUCUAAUAUAAGUACAUACAUAAUUAAACUCUUUGAAAAAGUGUACGCUCUAUGGCCUAUAAAAGCAUUGUUUACAAAGUGUAACUGUACUAUAAUGUCGCCAAAAAAGCAUUGUUGUUGUUUUUUUUUUUUUUUUGACCUGGAAACUGGCACCUUUACUUUGUUUGGUGCCAUAGAUAUACUAUAAAAAAAAAGUAUACAUUUGCCGCCAUUUUCCCGCGCGUUGGAAAAUAAAUUGGAAAAUUUAGAAUAGAAUAGUGUUUCGUUUAAAAUUACGUCGUCGUAGAAAAAGUAUUGUAUGCAACGUUGUAUAACUAGGUCAAAAAAUGCUCGUGGCGUCUCUUAUUGCGAUGUUCGCCAAGGCUCACAUCGCAACUCACGCCACUCGCAUUUUUUGACCCUUCUUAUACAACUGUUGCAUAAAAUACUAUAAAAAAAUAUAAGGAUAUUGCGACGCGAUUGGAGGUUCUGUGAAAUGCGUUGACAGACAUACAUAAAUCUGUGGAAUUUGCCACAAUAAUUUAGCAUAACAUACGGGUGAAAUUAUUAACCUUUUUUUUGAAGUCGGCUAAUAAAGCUAUAUUCACAAGUGGCAAUUAUAAAAUACACAUCUAAAUUUUUAUAAAUGUGUAGUUUACCUAUUACUAAUAAAACUCACGAUAUUUCAAAUAACUGCAGUAGUAUUUUUGUAGAAUUAUUAUAAUAACAUUUAUAAAUGGGAACCGUGCUGACAGUAGCAUAACAUUUUUAAUGUCAUUUUAUUUAAUUUUUUCAUUACAAUAAUUCGGUGUGUUUUACUUGUGUGUAAGAAUGAUGAGGGUUAUGUAUUUUUCUUUAGCGAGAUUAUUGGGUAAUCUUUAUACAUAUAGUAAUAUGGUCAUAAAUUAAUGUCAUCGGCAUAAUACAAUUAUUACUGCAUUAAAGUGGCGGCCUUAGAGCGGGGCGACGGUGAACGGGCGCCAUUUUUUUUUUGCGGUUGGGGGGCAAAAUCAGCCAAGACGGGACCACCCUGGCUGGCAACCCCGGAUUUACAGGGGAGUAACUGGAUUGGGCUCACCUGCCCUGUGAUUUAGACCUCUUAGCGGCCACUUAGAACUCAUACAUUUAAUGGGUAAAGGACAUUUUUAAAAGAUAUAAUGUUUAGCUACUGUGAGCUCUCACACCACCUAAAUAUUUUGCUAGGGCCGCCAUUGCUGCAUUAAUAUUUCUUUGGAUUAAGUCAAUAUUAAUGUCGUGAAAUUCCUAAUGAGUUGUAUGGCCUUAUGGACUUGGUAUGAAUAUAUUAUAUAAUGUUAUCUCGCUAAGAUAUUGCAUUGGCAAUCUUUUGAUAGUCUGUGACUAUUAAAAUGGCUGCAAAAUUCUGGUUUGCUUUCAAAAUGUUAAGUCAGUGAAGAGAUGUCGAAUAUAGCACCUAAGUCAUAUGUAAUGUAAUUUCGGUGUACCUACAAUAUUCUGAUUCGAUGCAAAAAAAGCCAAGUAGCCUACAAAUCUUAACACAAACGUAUCAAGAUGAUAUUGGAGCGUAUGUCCAGGCACAGGACUCGGGAAUAUAGACCAUAUUCCACCACGCUGCUUCAUUGCGGGCUAGCGUAAAAUUUAGUUUCUUAUCUGUAACCAUAGACUAAAUAUUUUAACUUUUUUUGCAUCGAACUAGGACAGAGUAUUGGGUGGAUUUUCGAACACCGUUGGUCACACCUAGAAUCUUUUUGAAAAUAUACAGUUAGAACUUACGUUACCAACUUCCGAGAGAUUUCUAACUGGAUAUUCGCAAAAAGACAAAAUAUUAUAGGAUAUUUUGCGUUUACAGUUAUGAUCUUGACUUCCGGUGUUCGAAGUACCUUAUUAUGUGUUUUCUCUGAACAGUUUAUAUAUUUUUAGCGUUAAUAUUGCUAUUACACUGUUCAAUGUUUUAUGUAUCUACCAAUAGUUCCUUCGCUCUUGUUAAAAUAUCGUUGUUUAAGCUGUUGUCUGUAAUUUCGCACUAAAGCUUAUGGAAAGAUAAGACAUUGAAAAAUUGAAUGUGAUAUUUUUGUAGGAGUUUCAUCCAAUAUUGUUGUGGCGCGAGUUUCAAAUAAUAUAAUGUGGCGGCAAAACGUACGCAGUGAAGUUAGCUGCAUAUAAUGUGCUGGGUUAUGGCAACUUGUACGAAUUUCAGAGUUUAAAAGGCUGUAAUUGUUUAUGUAACUUCUAAUAUUAAGGCUAAAAAUAAGUCCUUUAUUUUGAAUGCAAUUUAAUUUAUAUACAGAAAAACUUGAAGGUGACCGAUUUAUUUUGAGCGCCAUUUUUAAAAAUCCCUUUUUUUGGGCAAUGCUAAAAAUUAAUGUAAUGCCAAUGUCAAUCCGUGUAUUUAAAAUUAUUUUAUCGUGUAUUUAAUUAUUAAAUAUUUCUUUCAUGCAGUCUAAAGGUAAAAAAUUAAUGGUGCGUAUAGCCAUAGGUUUCUUGCCCUAAACGCUAGAAAAAGUCAACCCAGGGUUGCUAGACUGCAUAUUUGUAUAAAAUAAUUAAAAUCUCACGGCUAUGUUCCCAAUUGGGGUAGUUAGAGGUACGGAAUCGCAUGAUGUACUAAGUACCCGCGCUACACGGAGCUUUAUUAGACCAACGUGAUCGAUGGUGAGCAGAUCGACGUCUGUAAUGGUCAUAUUUCUGUCUAUACGCCUACAGUAUUAUUUGAAACUUGCGAUUUUGAUUACGUAGAUAUCGGUUUCGAAGUGUCAAAACUUUUUGUCAAACGUUAACUUUGUAAAGGAACGCUCAAAUCGCGUUUAGCGUAGUAUUUGUAUUCCAAAUGUGUCUAGUUAUUGCGAUUGAAUAAAGAAACCAUAUCAAAA